CGUCCACCACCUCAAUCGACACCCUCAUCCAUCUUAAACAAGGUCGUCGCGCUUCCAACAAUCUGUUUUCUUUUCUAUUCUCUACCUUCGUUUCGUCCUGUCGUCAGCUUCCGUUUUCGGGCGUCCUUGUUUUCUGCCGGCGCCCCUCACGCCCAGUCCUUCACAACCAUGUCUUCUCCGAUGAAUGCGAUUCGGAGAAAGAAGAAUGUCAAGAAAGGAAUUCAGUUUUGCUUGAUGGUUUGUGGUGCAAGUGGAACAGGCCGAACCACCUUUGUCAACACCCUCUGUGGCAAGCGAGUCCUUCAGCCUAAAGAUGCCGACGAUGCAGCCAAUGCCCAUCUGGAAGAAGGAGUAAGAAUUAAGCCGGUUACUGUUGAGCUGGAAUUGGAUGAGGAGGGCACACGUGUAUCACUGACCAUCGUGGACACUCCUGGCUUCGGUGAUCAGAUCGAUAACGAGUCCGCAUUCGGCGAAAUUGUUGGGUAUUUGGAGCGGCAGUACGACGAUAUCUUGGCUGAGGAGUCUCGUAUCAAGAGAAAUCCUCGAUUCCGAGACAAUCGUGUGCAUGCCCUGCUCUAUUUCAUUACCCCAACCGGCCACGGUCUGCGUGAGCUUGACAUUGAAUUGAUGAAGCGUCUCUCCCCCCGUGUCAACGUCAUCCCCGUCAUCGGAAAGGCUGAUUCUUUGACCCCUGCCGAACUGGCCGAGUCCAAGAAGCUGGUCAUGGAAGACAUUGAACACUACCGAAUCCCGGUCUACAACUUUCCCUACGACAUCGAAGAGGAUGACGAGGACACGGUAGAGGAAAACGCAGAGCUACGUGGCCUGAUGCCGUUUGCCAUUGUUGGUUCAGAAGAUGUGAUUGAGAUUGGAGGACGCCGGGUUCGUGCACGACAGUACCCAUGGGGUAUUGUGGAAGUCGACAACCCGCGCCACUCGGAUUUCUUGGCCAUUCGCAGCGCCCUCCUGCACUCGCACCUUGCCGAUCUCAAAGAAAUCACCCACGACUUCCUGUACGAAAACUACCGAACGGAGAAACUCAGCAAGAGCGUGGACGGUGGUGUCUCAGCGCAAGAUUCGUCGAUCAACCCUGAGGACCUGGCCAACCAGUCAGUGCGCCUGAAGGAAGAACAGCUGCGACGUGAAGAGGAGAAGCUGCGGGAGAUUGAGGUUAAGGUUCAGCGAGAGAUCAAUGAGAAACGACAGGAGCUGCUGGCACGGGAGAGUCAACUGCGUGAGAUAGAGGCUCGUAUGCAGCGUGAGCAGAGCCAGGGCAUGGAUGACCUGAAUGGUCACGGGCAUCAAGACGCGUAGAGGAGGGGGCAACGGCCCAAUCAAUCGGGGGAGGCGGAAGAUGUCGUGUUGAUAUCGGGCUCAUGCAGGCAUGGAUCCAAAAAGUGAAGCUGGUGUAGGCGUGCGGUGGGAUGAGGCUGACCACGGAGGCGUCGAGGCUGUUGCGGGGACGGCAGGGCGGUGAGUCUCUGCUCGCCAUUCAGGGGCCCGAUUGCUUGUCGAUGAUGGAUACUUGUUGCAGCAGAGUACAUUCUUCUAAUCAGCGGUGACUCGAGAAAGGCAAAUGAGGAGAUGGUCUUGUUUCCUUUUCCUCCUGCUGGGUCCUUUGAGCGCAGCGCAAUACUCGAUCCGUCCAACGAAGGCACCCAGUAAUGAACAGGCUCUAAGUCGUUUGGGCUGCGGCAGAGCAAGGUUCGGGCCUGGCACUGGCUUGAAGCCCCAGCAGGCAGUGCCCGUGGAUUGAUUCGCGGGUACCUGGCG